UUCAGGAUUUCUUUAUUCAAUGAGUUUGCUGUAUCAGGUUGCACGAUCGAGCUCUAUGCCCCCAAAUACAAGAGAUGCUUUAUACCAGAGUUUACCACCAAGCAUAAAAUCAGCUCUACGCUACAAAGUACAAUCUUUAUCAGUCAAAGACGAGCUCACUGUUACAGAAAUCAAAGAUGAGAUGGAGAAGACUUUGCAGUGGCUUGUUCCAAUUGCCACUAACACAGCCAAAGCCCAUCAUGGAUUCGGCUGGGUUGGCGAAUGGGCUAAUACAGGGUCUGAUGGCAACCGGAAGUCUGCUGCUGGGACUACUGAUGUGAUUCGCAUUGAGACACUCCACCAUGCUGACAAGGGGAAAACAGAAGCCUAUAUUCUUGAUUUAGUAUUGUGGCUUCACCAUCUAGUCAACAGGGUUAAGAUUGGGGCCACCGUUGGUGGCAUAAAGUCACCCAUCAAGUAUCCAGUUGCGACACCCCUGCAAAAUGCAAAUAAGCAGACCAAAGAUGAGACCGCCAGUUCCCCGUUACUAACCCCGGAAGACCAGGAGAUCUUAGAGAAUGUAAGUAAAAGAAGAAGAAUCCGAGGAACAAGUAAAAGCCACGACUUUGACCGGAUAAAGUUGAAAAAAUAUGAUAGGCUGAGCAAGAGCAGUGGCCACUCCUUGCAAAGCGGAAAUAAGGAAUUAGUCGCCAUAAAGAGGCAUCCUUCUCAUCUUCCCAUAAUUUCAUUUGGUAUAGAGAAGGAAAAGGUACUGGAUGUCAUUGACAGAGUUGAUGAGCUUAGAUAAUCUAAAGAAUUGAAAUAUACAGAGACAAGACAAAAAGUGCCAGAGUAAUAUGACAACAUUAUGGGAAAAGAAAAAGUAUUAAGGAAUGUUAGUAACACUAUUUGUUAUUCUAUUUUUAACACGUGUAUAAAAGAUAAAUAAUAAUAAGUUGGUAAUAUAUUAUUCUUUUGUAUUUGUGUCAUAAGUGUUUCUUUGGGGCACUGGCAGUCGAUGGAAAUGGGGUGUAUGUGUAAGUUUUUAAGAUAAUUUCUUGUAAGUUUAUCUUUGUGUAAUUUGUUUUGACGUGGUUAUUUGAUUAUAUUCAACAAUUCUUUUUGUUGUCUUUUA